UAUUUCACAGCUCCCGAUUUACCAAAGAUCUCCAUCGUGUGAGUCUCGGUAGCGUCUGUCUCUCCUUCCUUUCUGGACGGAAAACAGUUUGGUUCGCCAGCAGUUGAAGCCAGGCCGAAAUCACGCUGUCUCGGCCCACGAAUGCUCGACGAAUCAUUUUUUGCCACACUACCGUGGCAGCGCAAAGCCCGGAGCCCGGCGGCCUUCCCCCACACUGUUCAGCACCGCCGCCGGCCCCAAAGCUCGAGCCCUCUUCACCAAUGCCGGCCCCGCCGGCCGCGCCGCCGGCGCCACCGGCCGCUCCCUGGCGCCGGCACGCUCCGGCGGCGGCCUCUUCCACUCCCAGAACCGUCCUGCUCCUCCUCCCGAUCGUCCUCCUGCUCCUCUUCGUGCUCUCCAAAGCGCCGGAUCUAACUUUCUCCACCACCACCUCCUCCUCCUCCUCCUCCCGCCACCUUCCAGGCGACCUCCGCUCCUUCGACUGCUACGCCUCGCGGCAGGCUUUCCCGGUCGUCGCCAACCUUGUGGAGGGCGUGCCCUACCCCUUCCUCUACUCGCUCGCCGACAUGGGCACCCUCCCCGACCACCCCCACAAGAACAUCGCUCGCCUCCUCAAGGGCAAGCGCUUCCGCAAGCCCGACAUCUCCGAGACCAUCCAGGAGCUGCUCGCCGGGGAGGUGGGGAGGGGGGAACCAUCCGGUGGUUUGGUGGUGGACGUGGGGGCCAAUGUCGGCAUGGCAUCGUUCGCGGCCGCCGUGAUGGGGUUCCGGGUGCUGGCGUUCGAGCCCGUGUUCGAGAACCUGCAGCGGAUCUGCGACGGGGUGUACCUCAACAGGGUGCAGGACCGCGUUGUGGUGUAUCACGCGGCAGCUUCUGAUCAAGUUGGGACUAUUACGAUGCACCAGGUGAUUGGCCGACUUGACAACAGUGCUAUAUCUGCAAUUGGUGCAAAGUUAGCAUUCAAGUCUAAUGCAGAAAUUGCUGUUGAAGUUUCCACAAUUCCACUGGAUGAAGUUGUUCCAGAUACUGAGAGAGUUCUUAUGAUCAAAGUUGAUGUUCAAGGCUGGGAGUACCACGUACUGAGAGGUGCAUCAAAAUUGCUUUCAAGGAGGAAAGGUGAAGCUCCCUACCUUAUAUAUGAAGAAGAUGAACGCCUGCUGCAGGCUAGCAACAGCAGUGCACAGGAGAUAAGGGCAUUUCUAACUAGUGUUGGUUACAAUCACUGUACAAGGCAUGGAAAUGAUGCUCACUGUACAAAGGAAUAGACAAAUUUGUUUCUGACUGGUGCUCUUCUGCUCCUAAGCUUGUGUUUUAUAUGAACUGCGAAGAAUCAAUUGAGUUCUGGCAGUUUUGCCCCUUUGUUACUCAGUAAGGCCAGAUGUUUAGACAUGUCAUGUGCCCAAUAGUUGUGUUGCAUCGAGUUCCAGGGUAUCCCUUUGCUUUAACUUUUAGGUUAGUUUGUUGGUUGCUGGACCGUUUGUUAUUACUACCUCUGAUAGGGAAAAGAUGCCGUUCCUACUGGAGUUAGCAAUUGAGUUAACUGACCAUUUGCUGUCAGAAGUGACAUCUUUACCUGACCGGAGGCAGUGUAUGUUAUAGAUACUUCAUACUUGGUAUACCAUCAAUAUAUGUGCAUGCGCUGGGCAUCUUGAAUCUUAAUGACA